UCCGUGGGAUAAACACACAAAUUUAACCGGAGAAAUUUUUUUUCCCAAAUUUUUUGGAAUUUACGAGAAGUAUUGUUUUAAUAUAUUUUGUUUACUUACUCUAAACCACAAAAACGUUUCGGUGAAUCUUCUCAUUCUCAACCUAGAUUCACUUCUUCUUCCUCACGAAUAUUUUUUCUUCACCCGAUUCACUUCUUCUUUUUCCUGUUUCUCCCUCUUUCUCUCUCCUAAUUCAAAGAUUUUGUUUCUCAAAUCCACCACAACCACUCAACUAUGUAACGAUUUGUAGUUUUUCUAUCUCAAAUAUGUAUGAUUUGGGAUUUGCAAUGUUUGGAUUGAAAUAUGUUAAGAGUAAUGUUGUUAGUUAUGUCAGAUUAAGAAGUUGUUAGGUUGAAAUAACUUUAAUUUUGCGUUUUCCAUGUUUAAGAAUUGCGUAAAAGGAAACUUUUCCUAAAUAAAAAAUCGGAUAUGUUCAAUUAAUAUAUUUGUUACGAUUGAGUUGAUCUUUUAUUGAGUGUUUAGAUUUUUGUAUAAGUUUACUAUUAAGAGAUUUGAGGCGAUUUAUAUGGGUAUGGUUGAUCUUACACUUACUUUUUACACAGGGACUACGAAACAUAUCGACAUCGCGGUAACCGAUUUCCCCAAAACAGAGAUGAACACAGUGGUUAUGGGGCUAAUGUUCAUACCCCCUCCACACAAAACUCGGGAUCGCCUACAACUGCCUGACCUUCUAUCGUAAUGACCAUUGAGGAUUUUGUUUCUCAACCUAGACGAGAACUUAUCCCAAAACUCCAUCCCAACUACAUCGGAGAUGCUACAUGCAAUUCUAUAAACCGGAUGAUGUAUGGACUCCUCAAAGAACCAUAUGAAACAUACUCGUCAAUGCCAAGAAAAUCCACAAACCAAGGGUCGAAUCUUUGGAUUAGGAAAUGUGGCAAAAAGACUUCGUACUUCUUCAUCACAAUAUAUGAUCGUGAUCCUGAACUUGUUCGCGCCCUCCAAGAAAAAGAUGACCGUAUCGAAGCUCUUGAGAAGAUGAUGGAAAAAGAGAAUGAGAUGAACAAGCUGAGAGAUGAGGAGCUUGCAUCGUUCAUGGUAGAGAUGCGAUUAAAGUUCCCCGUGAAUUCAAGUUCUUAGACCUAUUUUAACAAAAUUUAAGUUUUAUUCAACAUUUUCUUUUUGUUUUUGAUUUGAGUAUAUUGCCUUUU